AUGGCGAGCUUCAACCCUCAGGAGUGGACACCCGGCUAUGAUGAACACGGUGUCAACUGUUGGUUCAACAAGACAACUAGAGGAAGGGUGUACGGGCGCUUUCCGCCGCAGAUGCAGGUGGGGCUAUCACCUAUUGUGGGCGGCCCAGGCGUCAACGUUCCCGCCAGCACCCAGUUCAACCCAGCUUCGCCCCUAGAAGCGGAAAAGCAGUGGAAACAGGCUCUGGCCGGAGGGUGGACGGAGUACCAAACGGACGGAGAUGAGAAGAAGCCCUACUGGUACAACGAAAUAUCCGGGGACAGAACUUGGGACAAGCCCGACACGAACGGCGCUCAGAAACCCCCCCCGCCGCCGCCCCCGGCGCCUUCCUCUCAGCCCUCGGUGUCUUCCUCCCAGCCGCGGGAGCCUUCUCCCCAUAAGGACAACGGAGGUAAGGCCGGCGGCGCCGGCCAGAAAAAGAAGAAGGAAUCUGAGCAGUGGCAACAGCUUCGCACCGAGAAGGGCCGCAGAUACUGGUACAAUGAAGAAACGGGGGCGUCGCAGUACGACACUCCGAACUGCCUCAGGAAAUACCGCUGAAAGAACGGCACGACUACGACCACCACUGAUGAGCGGGCGGGGGGACGUAAAUAGCUUCCGUUCGCAGCAAAGAAAGGCGCGAACUGAUGAUGGUUCCAGAUGUGUAUCAAGAGUACAUGCUAAUGAGUGUGUGUGCGGGCAGCUGCAUGUACGUACGAGAAUAGUUGGAGGGGGGGACGAGCGUUGAACCCGUGAGGUAAUACAGGAGCACCCACUCUGCGGGAAGGGCCCGCGUACAGCUAGGCAAAGCCUGUGGCUCAUCUGUGUUCAGCGCUUGAGUUGUGGAGUCCCCUUGACGUAUUUUCGACUUAAGAACCUCCCACCCAUUGAACGAAACCAAACGAGUAGAAAUUUCCUUGCGUACCGUGAGCCGUGUUGUGUCCAAUUCCUUCCGUGUCGAAGUACAAUAUCGAAAUGCUGGACACGAUCACACUCUUAGAAGUAGGGAGACCCGCCUAGUACGCGUGCCGCCAUAGUAUGUAUAUACGCGUGCCGCCAUAGUAUGUAUAUAUGCAGAAAACUGUUGGAUUUUGGGUACCGUAGAAGUUGUUUUCCCUCCCCGUAAUCAUUUACUCUCCGGUCUUCUUGUGUUGGUCGCCAUGGCAUGGUCCCCUGCUCCUUUCGUUUUUGGGUCUGUGUUUUGGUUUGGAUUUUUGAGCAAGAAUUUCGCCCAAAGAAAGUGAACGUAGCAAACCCGCGUUGUUCUGGCCCAUGGCCUUGAGUAGGUGCCCGCUGUUUUUUGGGGGCGUCGGCGACAUCGACCCUCGUCGUUGUGUUUGAGAAUGAAUUGAAUGUCGUAGAGGGGUGUCAACGGUGUUGUCGUAGGGAUGUGUCGUAGCCAGUAGCAGUAGUCAAGUUCAGCCUUUUAGUCUUCUUUCGUCGGCAGAGUUUCACAGAAGAACUUCUGUACAUGCACGGUGUCGAUUGUUUGGGCCCCUGGAUGGCGGGUUGUCGGAUGUCUCAAGUAGUUCGUUUGCCUUCGUGCCCAAGACGGGUAUGUCCGGCAUAUGUACUGUAGGCACACAGAGAUCACUCGUGUAGUUUUCCCAGGCGUAACGCUAAGAAAAAGAAAUUCUUAUGGGU